GUAUAUAAUCCCGGAGUUGACCCAGAAAACCAACUCUUGUGACUGGCACGGCUCGGCUCGGGUUCGGACCGGACAGGUCUGCAUGUAGCACCAGCUGCAGGAACAGCACACUCUCCUCGGAGCGCAUUCCACGUCCACGCAGCGGGGGAGACUAAGGAGCCAUGGCUGAACACAUGAUGAUGCCCAUGACCCACGGCUUCAGGAUGGGCAUGAACGGACCCCCGCAACACAACGCCCAGCCCGGCCUGCGCUGUGUGUCCAACGGCCAGAUGAUGCAUUACGGCAGGACCCCACAGAAUAACAUGGAAGCCACCAUGAGACAUAGACCAAACAUGGUGGGACCAGGGGGGAUGGGCGGCCCUGUGAACGGAGCUCCCAUGAACAACCAUCACCACCAGAUGAUGUCUGGGAACAUGAUGUACAAUGGGCAGGGCCCACAGCAGCCGCACCACCACAUGCACGCCCAGCAGCAGCAGCAGCAGCAGGGCGGGCACCAGCAGCAGUACCAUCACGGGAACCUCACCUCCCAGCAGCUCAUGGCCAGCAUGCACCUGCAGAAACUCAACACUCAGUAUCAUGGACACUCGCUAAGCUCGCCCAACGGGCACCACUUACCCAACGGGGCUCAGUACCGAAUGGGCCCGGCCCAGCUUUCAAACAUGCAACACAUUGGUGGGCCUUUCGGGCAGAAUGGAAUGGACAUGGAUCUGAUCGACGAGGAGGUUCUGACUUCACUGGUGUUGGAGUUUGGUUUGGAUCGCAUUCAGGAGCUGCCCGAGCUCUUCCUGGGACAGAAUGAGUUCGACUUCAUCCCGGACUUUGUGUGCAAACAGCAGCCAAGCACGGUCAGCUGUUGAGCAGUUUAACAAGCAAACCUGAUUUGGUUUGCUUGGACUGGGCCCCCCAAAGAAUGACUGAGCGGUCACAGUAGCACAGCAAAAGGAGACAAUCUUUCCUCUCUGUUUUGGUGUUUCUGUGUAGAUGAACGUGUCCAGUAUGCCUUCACACUGACCUGCCUGCAACGGAUGACGAACUGUAUUUAGCAAAAAUGCAGAAAAAGCAGCAGGUUUCUUCUUUUUGAGCCGGUGCCAGUGAGAUCUGCCACCUUUGGCCAAAUUGAGACAUCCUGAUGUAGCAGGCUCUGCCUGCACCAAUCUGGCCCCCAGCACACGUGCCUACAGUGCCAAGGCUUUUGGAUAACAGUAAAUUCAGCAGACACAAUAGGGGAAGGUGACCCGAAAAGACUGUCCAUCUGGCUCCGCUAGAUUCUGUGGCUUCUGUAAAUGUAUUUUAUCUCUAAUGACACCUUUAACUGGUAGCAAACAUUGUUGGAUAUUUAGGACAAGGGUAACUAGAGUGGAGAAUUGGUUUCUUUUUUUUGUUUGUCUGUGAAUUGAAGACUGGCUCUUCAAAAUGAUUGCUUACCAAAAUGGCAUUUUCUUGAAGAGCUAAUGAGGAUGUUGAGGUUAUGCAGCAUAUCUGGGUUGACUUGGUGGAGUUUAUUUUGACUUAUUUGGGUGAAAUGUGCAACAUCAAUCAGUACGUUUUUAUUUUACCUGAUUCUGAUAAAAUAUUUCUUAUCUUACACACGAUCCAUCUUUGGUAAACAAGCAUGCAUGUGCCACAGGUAAGACUUAAGGCAUCUUGUGUUACAAGUUGAUGGAGGCUCAAUAAUAUAGGCAUAUGAGAAACAGGGGAAAAUAACCAAACAAAAUACUUAAGAAUAUCCAAACAAAAAGGCAGGAUUGUUUUAUAUUGUUUUUCUUACAUCUGUGCAUCGAUGCAUUAAUAAAUCCCAUCAAAUGACAUGCUCCUCCAUAAAGCCAUGAUGGUGGUGUGCUGGAAGUGGAUUCUGUGCAGUUGGAGAUAUUUUGGUCUGGACACAGCUUUCGCCAGCAGUAUUUACAGUAGUUUACUCACUGUUGAAGCUGCCACUACGUGUGGAAUUGAUUUAAUUAAGCUGGAACAUCAAAAAUGGAGCAAAGUUGUUGUUGUUUUUGCCACAGAUUAACCUAGUCUGCUGCUUUUCUAGUGAUUCCAUUUCAAUGACAUGUCCUCACACACUUGUCUUAACUGAGGCUUGCACAUUUCCCAAUGACUCGGUCAUUCUGAAAUGGACAUGUCCGUGGUGCUUCUUUUUUCACCACAUCUUUUUUUAAGCACUGUUGGGUAAUUAGGUUUAUGCCAGAGUUGUUGUUUUACUCCUGUAGGCCAGCUGUGCAGCAAACCUCUACUGCAUUCAUAAUCAGGGUCGUUUCUAGCAUUUGUGAGGGGCCUGAUGCAAGACUGUCUCAUCGGAGCCCUAUUUUGGAAAACUGGGGGAGGUCAGACCCUUUAAGAUAAUGGUGUAGCAUUCAUCUGUUACACUUUAAGCUAAGAAAAAUGCUAGACUUGUGAAUAUGAUGUCCAAGUUCAUUCAUUUAAACAAAGAUUGGGGUUUAAAACACACGUACAAACACACACACACACACACACACACACACACACACACACACACACACGCGCACACACGCGCGCGCACACACACACACACACACCCAAAUGACUUUACAAACUUAAACUUUUGCAAAAAAACUCUUCUGGAUCACAUCAUAAACUGCAUAUCUGAGCCAUUAAAUGAGCAGUCAAAAAUGCUGACUUGGGUAGCGAGAGCGAACACAGAUCAUUCUGACAGACCUUGAAGCUUGAGGAGGAACCUCGUAAAGCAAGAAAUGGCUCUGAUCAUGAUGGUAUUUGUGUCGGAGGGGUCGGUGCAGCGUCAUCACAACUGGGCUGCUGUCCAAGUGUCUCCUAGAUCAGACAUCACCAGGCUCUUGAGUCCAACAACAAGCCAUUGAAACGCUGAUGUGAAGACUAGCUCGUUUAAUCUCUCAGUCUGGCAGAACUGCAGCCAGGCAAAGUCACAGUUAGAGAUGGAAUGGUUCUGUCCUCCAGACAUCACUGCUACAACAGAGCAUCCUUUUUGUGUAUUCUAUCUUUGUACUGUAGACUAGAGGACAAGUUUAUCUAAACACAAUUAAGGUACCUUUGUCAGAUGUAAAUCAGUGGCUUAUUUUUGAUGUGUUGACAAGAGUUUAUAUCCUUCAUUUUUACAGUGUGUAGAUACUGUAUACCAACGUCUUUGGGUGCAAGGCCUAAAGCUUUAAGACUAAGUACACUGCAUGUUUAAGCAAGCAUAAGGGAUGCCACCACCUUCCCACAAAGCUGCUGAGAAUGUACAGAACAUCACUGGGUGGGAAUUUGUCUUAAGAUGGUAGAUAAACGUGAGAUUGUACUCCUUGUUCCAAAUUACACAUCAUUCGUUUGGGUUACCUCUCUCCAAUCCUCCCUUCUUCUUCCCACUUCCCUCAAAGCUUUUGUAAUGUUAUUGAUUCUAUUUUAAGAAAAUGUAUUUAUUUUCAAAUAAAAUAUUUAUUUAAUGA